AUGACACACUCCAACAGCAGCCUCUUGACAGGAAACUCCAGUGGAGCUUUCGAUGGAUAUGACUCUGGAGGCAACAUCUACAGACCGUUCUCUGUCUUCAGCGUGCUCACGCUCACGCUACUGGCCAUGCUGGCCGUGGCCACCUUCGUGUGGAACCUGCUGGUGCUGGUAACCAUCCUGAGGGUGAGGACCUUCCAUAGAGUGCCUCAUAACCUGGUGGCCUCCAUGGCCAUCUCAGAUGUGAUGGUGGCCGCUCUGGUCAUGCCUCUGAGCCUGGUGCAUGAGCUGAACGGGAGGCUGUGGAAACUGGGCCGGGUGCUGUGUCAGGUGUGGAUCUCCUUUGACGUGCUGUGCUGCACGGCCAGCAUCUGGAAUGUGACUGCAAUAGCACUGGACCGAUACUGGUCUAUCACCAGGCACCUGCAGUACACACUCAAGACACGCAAGAAGAUCUCCAACAUCAUGAUUGCGCUGACGUGGGUGCUGUCAUCCAUUAUCUCUCUCUCACCACUGUUUGGCUGGGGCGAGACCUACUCAGAAGGGAUGAAGUGCCAGGUGAGCCAGGAGCCCUCCUACACCAUCUUCUCCACCUUCUCCGCCUUCUACCUGCCCCUGUGUGUGGUGCUCUUUGUGUACUGGAAGAUCUACAAGGCAGCCAAGUUCAGGAUCGGCUCCCGCAAGACCAACAGCAUCACACCCAUGGCUGAGGUAAAGGAUGAGACCCAGCAGCCACAGAUGGUGUUUACGGUACGCCACGCCACCGUGACCUUCCAGACGGAUGGGGACACAUGGCGCGAGCAGAAGGAGAAGAAGGCGGCCCUGAUGGUGGGCAUUUUGAUCGGGGUCUUCGUUCUCUGCUGGAUUCCCUUCUUCAUUACAGAGCUCAUCGUGCCGCUCUGCUCCUGUGACAUACCGCCCAUAUGGAAAAGUAUCUUCCUCUGGUUAGGGUACUCCAACUCCUUCUUUAACCCCUUAAUAUACACGGCCUUUAACAAGAACUACAACAACGCUCUGAGAAACUUGUUCUCACGACAGCGCUGA